AUGGGCACGUAUCGUAUUCCUUUGAACUUGUGUGGGGGGAACCUUGCGCUCAAACAUGAUAUCGAGCUUCUCAAAGGUCCUAAUGGGUUCGACGGUGGUUUGGUAGAUGAAGGUCUAGAUAUCCAUGAGGGAGGCUUGGGUCCAUACCAAAGUGGACUUGUUGCGGCCGAAGUCGAGGAAGCCAAUGAUGAAGAGGAUGAUGUUAAUUAG